AAUUACAGGGAUCAUAGUGCAUCUCUGGUCGUUGGAACCUGCACUCAUUUAUUUUAAGAGAGUUAAUUUCUUGGGGGUCAAAAAAAACACCCAGAUGGGGAGAAGCUAUCCUGUUGUGGGAAAGUUCUUAUCUGCUUCAUUGCAAUAAUUGAAAAUGGCUUUUUAAAUAGUCUAAAGAAGUUCACUUAUUAAUAAGACACAAAUUUCUUGGGGGGGAAAGAAAAAAAAGCAAUUAUGAGAAACAUUUACACUAUCUUUGUCCAGCUUUUUGCCCCUGGAGGAGGAAGUGAGAUAUUGAGAAAGCAGCACAUGUGACAGAUGCUGCUCAAGAUGCUCAACACAUUACUUAAAGAUGCUCUGUGACCAUCAUGCUUGUAUCAAGUGCUGCUCAUUGGGACUAGACUAACUGGGUCCCAGAGACCAUUUAGAAGAGAAAAAUCAAAAUAAGAACUCGGGACUUCUUAUUAGCCUUGCCAACACCUGCAAGUCUUGCCUGCUUCCUUUGGUAGAUAUCCUGACUUUUGAAUGUGUGGAAAAUGCAGGGGGGAAAAAUAGCUCCUCCAGUGUUGUUUCCUGCAAAGACCAUUCUUAAGAGCUGGUUGGACAGCGCAGGACUCUUGAAGUGAUAGCUAAUUGGUGAAAGAAAGGCCCUGAUUGUCUUGAGGGAGCUGGAAAGUGCUGCGUGUGCUGCUGAAAGGGACUAGGAAGAAGGUGCCUGGUUUCGCUGAGCAGCUGCUGCUGGAGAUGUUUGGAGAUUACAUCAGCAUUGGAAAAGAGGGGCCAAAAAAAAAAAAAUUCAACUUCACAGAGACGGAGUUUAUGGAGGUUUUUUCCCCCCUUCCAAAGGUCUUCUGACAAUACUGUCAUUGUCAAUAUAAGAGUUUGUUAAUUCUUUAUGAAUAGCACAUGGGGCCUCUUGACUAAAUAGUACGUUACAUGUCCCAAAUCUGUCAGCUGGACUCUUCUCUCACAUGCUAGUGAGAUCACUUUGAUUGGAAUGUUAGAGGAAUUGCUGGGCUGGCUGUGUAGAACUGAAUGCUGCAUUAUAUAAUUAGAUCUCCCAGUGUAUUUUUUUUCACAUUACCUCUUUAUUCUAGCUUAAAUAUGGAAUCAGUCCUUUUGAUGGUUUUGCUGGUUGUAAUUAUAUUAAUACGGUUCAUUUUGUGGUCCUGUCUUAGUGCUUAUAUAGAUUAUAAACUGUCCCAAAGGUUUCCUGGCACAAAAAAAGAGGACUAAGACUUCAAAAGGCUCGUUCAGGUUUGAAUUGACAAUGGGGAGAGCUGGGUAAGGUAAAUGGAGCUAGAGCAGCUUUUACCGUGGGAUCUGAUGAGAGAGAAAUGACCUGCUGAGACUGCAGCUGAGUGAAGAUCCUUCGGAAAGCCCUAUGCUGACAGAGGGGAAGCAAUGACAACUGAUUGAGUCAAAUGACUUCCUAUCUGACUUGGGCAUGGAUUUGCUGUUGGGAACAGACUUGUGGACUUCUGCCAAUUAAAUGAUGUGAACAAGCUGGAAAGAACCCUCUUGCUGGGCAGUCCAAGAGUGCUCAGUGUCCUCAAGCCAUGCUGUGGGCUGGCAGGAGCACAUUUUCACCUGGCUGGUUGAUUUGUUACCAAAUUUUUCAUGGCUCUUCCCAGCCAGUCAGAUCUGAAACUGAUUGAAUGAUUUUAGCUGACCAUAAUCUUCCAAAUAUUCACAUUUCUUAGCAAGUGAUGUAUAUGAGUUACCAGUACAAGGUGGAUACCACUGGAAUAAUCUGUUCCAUGGAAGACAGAUUUGUGUCUCAGAGAUUGUUUGAUGGACUCUCGCUGUGCUUCAGCACCAACAACAAGUGGGAUGACAACAUGAGUGAGUUUUGAUACCAAAGCCUGCAAGUGACCUUCAUGCCUAGCCUGAAACAAGCACGCUACUAGGACACUGGAGGAUUUGACUAUUUGCCCAAGGACAAAGUGACUUGGGAUUUCUUGGUAAUUUCUUAACUUCCCUGGCAAAAGCAAGCAAAGUUUUUCAAAUGAACUGUCUUCUUUAAAAUAGUGUUGUAUUAAGUCAAACAACAGUGUAAUACUGUCUUUUAAGAACUAAAUUUUUCUACAGUAAAGAUAAGGAAAUUGUGUUACCUUGCCCUAGAAAUGCUCUAUCCUUGGCGUAGUUAAUCUUUAAAAAUUGUUUUUUAAAAAAUCCUUUUUUUUUGUUUCAUCAUUUUCUAUCUCAUGUGAAAGGGAAGGUUACUACUUCAUAUACUUAUUUUUAUAUAUCUUGGUAGCUCACAUGAUGAUAUCAGAGUUGAGCUAGGUAAAAGCCUACAGUAUUCCCAUACAGAGUUUCUGGCCCAUUCAUGAGUCACACACUCCUACAGGCUUGUCAUUAGUAACUGCUCAUCAGCCCUUGUAACUUUGUCUUUUAGAGCCUCCUGAAAAUCAGACAUGAGAGUUGAUAUGUGCUUAGGCAGUGAAGCAGGGUAAAUGUCAGGUCAAUUGAUUUCAGCAUCAUAUUUUAUUUAUGGUGGAUGACCAAUCUACAAAACAGCCUGUAAUGCAUGAAGGUGCAUGUCAUGGGCUUGAA